GCACAAGCCAAAUUGGGGGAGGAGGCCAGGCAGGCCUUCCUGAACAGCCAGCACUACACAGCGACAGGCGAGGGAGACCUGACGAAGGCGGGGUCGCUGACGAAGGCGGCCCAUGUCCCAGUGGUGAAUCAUUGGCAGGUGAAGCAGGUGAUCGGAGAAAAGGCGCCGCAUUUGGAGUACCUCUGCUCCGUGUUGCGGUGCGAUGACCUGAGUUGGUGCGUAUCUCGGAAGCAUUGGAAAGACAACAGUCGAUUCAAGGAG